UCUCGACUGUGAUUGAGUUGACUAUGAGAGUCCAUCAAAGGGUCUGCAGGAUCCCAUUUAGUUUUAGCAACUGUGGCUGGUGUCCAGGAAUGUGUUCAUGCGAUCUGAAAGUAAGCCUCUGGCUUAGGACAGCUGGGGGGAACCAAUUUAGUCUUAGGAGGGUCCUGCAGAGUGUUUGAGUCGCGAGGCGGGGCGGGGCAGGCCGGGAGAAGGCUGCGUGCUCCCAGGCGCUUCCUUUACCAAGAUGGCUUCGACGCCCCGGCCCACAGGGGCGGCCAUCUUGGUAAGGGUUAGAGAGGCAGCCUGAGGCAGGCCGCUGAUGGCCCUGCUGUGAGAUUCGAAGGUCAUAAUAAGGGAGUGACCCAGCGACGACUCGCCCCAAGGAUGGCGAGGCGAAGAGCGCUGAAGCGCUGCCUGCAGCUCCUGGCACCCUCGGCGGAGCCGGCGAGGCGGACAGGGGGUCGGAAGAACCCGGCCACCGGCCGCCGAGGCCCCUCCCGCUACGCGGCGAAGCUUUGCAAGGGGACUCUGCGGCCGGAAACCGAGGAACAGAGGCGGCGCGCGCGCCCAGCCACCCCCAUUGCACGUUCUUCACCAAAGGACAUGGAUGAAAAUGAAAGCAACCAGUCCCUGAUGACAAGCAGCCAAUAUCCUAAAGAAACAGUAAGAAAACGUCAAAAUUCAGCACGGAAUUCCAGAGGAAGUGAUUCUUCUAGGUUUUCCAGGAAAAGCUUCAAACUGGAUUAUAGACUAGAAGAAGAUGUAACUAAAUCUAAGAAAGGAAAAGAUGGGAGAUUUGUGAAUCCGUGGCCAACGUGGAAAAACCUCUCUAUUCCAAAUGUUCUCAGAUGGCUGAUAAUGGAGAAAGAUCACAGCAGUGUUCCAAGUUCUAAAGAGGAACUUGACAAAGAACUCCCAGUGCUUAAGCCGUAUUUUAUCACUAACCCUGAAGAAGCUGGAGUGAGGGAAGCUGGCUUAAGAGUCACAUGGCUGGGACAUGCCACAGUAAUGGUGGAAAUGGAUGAGCUCAUAUUUCUCACGGAUCCCAUCUUUAGCUCUCGUGCUUCACCGUCGCAGUACGCGGGUCCAAAGCGAUUUCGUCGUUCCCCGUGCACAAUAAGUGAACUCCCUCCAAUAGAUGCGGUCCUUAUCAGUCACAACCACUAUGACCAUCUGGACUACAAUUCUGUCAUUGCUUUGAAUGAGCGAUUUGGUAACGAGUUGAGAUGGUUUGUGCCUUUGGGUCUUCUUGACUGGAUGCAAAAAUGUGGCUGUGAGAAUGUGAUUGAGUUGGACUGGUGGGAGGAGAAUUGUGUCCCCGGACAUGAUAAGGUCACCUUUGUCUUUACACCUUCCCAGCACUGGUGUAAAAGGACUCUAAUGGAUGACAACAAGGUGCUGUGGGGCAGCUGGUCUGUCUUGGGGCCUUGGAAUCGAUUUUUUUUUGCAGGAGAUACUGGUUAUUGCCCUGCUUUUGAAGAGAUAGGAAAAAGAUUUGGACCUUUUGACCUUGCAGCUAUUCCCAUUGGAGCUUAUGAACCAAGGUGGUUUAUGAAAUACCAGCAUGUAGACCCAGAAGAAGCUGUGAGGAUUCACAUUGAUGUCCAAACAAAGAAAUCUAUGGCAAUUCACUGGGGAACUUUUGCCUUAGCAAAUGAGCAUUACUUAGAGCCUCCAGUGAAGCUGAAUGAAGCUCUAGAGAGAUACGGACUUAAUGCUGAAGAUUUUUUUGUCUUGAAGCAUGGAGAAUCAAGAUACCUAAAUACUGAUGAUGAAAACUUUUAAUAAAUGUGAGCACAGGCACUUUUAAUGAAAAAGGCAUCAUCUAAGUUUAAAAACAAAUGAAAAGACUUAGAAAUUCAUGAAUAUUGUGAUUCUUUUACAUUUGGAAACAACUUCUGUAAGUUUAUGUUUUAUGUUUUGUGUAGUAACUUGCUUCCUAAUAUGAUCAGCUCAUAUACACUAUGAGAGGGUUCAGGGGUGGGUCAUUUAAAUAAUGAAUUGGCUAAUGUGGAUUUUAAAUCUCCUAUCAUGAUAUAAGCACUGCAAUGGAAACGUUUUUACUAAAGCAUUACACUUUUGGGGUAGUAGAAUUUCCUGAGAUUGUGAAAAACUGAUAUUGAAGACUCAUUUUGUUUUUUCCAUUCUUCAGGACCUUCUGCAAGGUGAGUCAAGCCUGUCUACCUACCUAGAUUUUUUUCAGAGGCCUACAAAUACAAGUAUCUUUCUUAUAUGCACAUUAUAAUAAAUGAUGAAAUUCAGUCCAACAUGCUUAUUAUAAACAGCAAUUCUUGCUCUAUCAAGAUUAGCUUAUAUGCCAAAUAUUAAAUAUGGUUUAUUUCAGUAAGCAUAAAAACAUAGGGGCUAUCAUUUUUAAAGACUUGAUUUUUUCUAUUGUGGUAAAAAUAUAUAAAUACGUAUUUGCCAUUUUAAACAUUUACCAUUUUAACCAUUUUUAAGUGUACAGUUCUUUCGCAUUAUGCACCCAUGACUACCAUUCACUUAAGUUUUUGAAAGAGGGAACAGUAUUUUUUUUUUUCCUCGAGCCUUCAGAUGAGAGGAAACAGUGUAUUCUGUUGCACAUCUACAAUUCCCAAAAGACCUCUUACUUUGGGAGGCCAAGGUGGGUGGAUCACUUGAACCCAGGAGGUCGACAUCAGCCUGGGCAACAUGGUGACUUCGUCUCUAGGUGGGGGGGGG